UGAGAAUUUUCAUUCUUUUGACCAGAAGAGCAACGGUACUGUGAUGUGGAGACGGGGCAUGGUCAUGAGCAUUUUAGAGAUUUUAGUUUAUUUAUUUUUUUUCUCUUUCAGUCUCUUAUCUGAAUGGAAAACACACAAAAGGAGGACAAACACUUGCAAUUUAUGACAAUAACAGCAACAUCCAUUCAAAUAUUGCACACCAGAAUUUUGAAUGUUGCUUCGACAUAUUUUUAUCGCCUGUAUAAGUACUUUUCAUCAGAAAUACAUGUUUUUCAUUCAGCUUGCAAAGUCAAUAGUGAUAUACAAUGUCAAUAAAUAUUGAUGCAUUUGUGAAAGGUUAGUGGGACACAAUGACACACUAGGUGGGAAAAUGCAUGCUGUCCGUUCAGAAUUGAGCCCACGAGGGGUUAACAAUAGGCUUUCCCUUCAUAUAAAAGCGAUUGCUGCAAGGCGAUUUGAGGAAACAGAGACAAGUUCAUCUUGGUUAAACUGAGACGCAAAGAGGUGACCUGAGACAACCUCAUCCAGUCAUGUUUUCAGGGGCUCUACAGACAUGGAUCCACCGAAACAUACUCACCCGGGUGGUCUGUGCUACGCUUGAAAGGCAAAAUGUGAUAAACAAAUCAACCUUCACAAAAAUCGAAGAAAGCACAGAGAAGAAUACGCCAGAGAAAGGCAGAGCAACAAUUAUCUUUUCCCUCAAAAAUGAAGUGGGAGGACUUGUGAAGGCACUCAAACUCUUCCAAGAAAAUCACGUCAACCUUGUGCACAUUGAGUCCAGGAAAUCGAAACGGCGCAACUCAGAGUUUGAAAUAUUUGUGGACUGCGACAGCAACCACGAGCAACUCAAUGAAAUCAUCCAGCUGCUGCGGAAGCACGUGAGCCCGGUGGACAUGGAGCCUCCAGAUAAUUCCUGUGUACAGGACGAAGAUAUGCAUAAGGUACCAUGGUUCCCGAAGAAAAUAUCUGACUUGGACAAGUGUGCUAAUCGUGUCCUGAUGUAUGGUUCCGAUUUGGAUGCUGACCAUCCGGGUUUCAAGGACAAUGUCUACCGCAGAAGAAGAAAGUAUUUUGCAGAUCUUGCGAUGGCCUACAAACACGGUGAGCCGAUUCCCCGCAUUGAGUUCACAGAGGAGGAAGUGAAGACCUGGGGUCUUGUGUACAGAGAGCUCAAGAAGUUGUACCCCAGCCACGCUUGUAGGGAAUACUUAAAAAACCUGCCGCUGUUGUCCAAAUACUGUGAAUAUCGAGAAGACAACAUUCCCCAACUGGAGGAUGUCUCUCGCUUCCUCAGGGAACGUACUGGGUUUACCAUCAGGCCCGUGGCUGGCUACUUGUCCCCCCGUGACUUCCUGGCCGGCUUGGCCUUCCGUGUUUUCCACUGCACACAGUACGUGCGACACAGCUCUGACCCCUUGUACACCCCUGAGCCGGACACCUGUCACGAGCUGCUGGGUCAUGUCCCCCUACUGGCUGAACCCAGUUUUGCACAAUUUUCCCAGGAGAUCGGCCUGGCCUCAUUGGGAACCUCGGAUGAUUCUAUUCAGAAACUGGCCACAUGUUAUUUUUUCACAGUGGAAUUUGGCCUAUGCAAACAGGAAGGACAGCUGAGAGCGUAUGGGGCUGGCCUGCUAUCUUCCAUCAGUGAGCUGAAGCAUGCACUUUCCGGAAAAUCAAGGAUCAUGCCAUUUGACCCCAAAGUUACAUCCAAACAAGAAUGCAUCAUUACAACCUUUCAAGAUGUUUACUUUGUGUCAGACAGCUUUGAGGAGGCCAAAGUCAAGAUGAGGGAGUUUGCGAAGACCAUUAAGCGUCCCUUCACAGUACGGUACAACCCCUACACCCAGAGUGUGGAUGUGCUUAAAGACAUGCCCAGCAUCAAUAGCGUUGUGGAGGAACUCCGACACGAGCUCGACAUUGUGGGCGACGCUCUGAACCGCCUCAAUAAGCAGCUCGGAAUCUGAAAUUUCAAAACCUGCUUGCAGACCGUUUGUGUUGUACCCCAAAGCACUGCUCUAUACAUGCUGCUUGCGUAUCACUGUUUUCAUUACAAUGAAUGUGCACAAAUUUUGGCAAAAACACCCUGUUGUCCUUCUCGCGUACAAAGACUUCCAUGCUAUGACACCAGUGAAUUGCGCAAAUCAAAAGAGCACUGUUUUCAUCCAUUUGGCUUCUACCCUGCAGCAGUCUGUUUGCACCUGUACCAGAAAUUCCCCUGAAUUUAAGUCAGCCAUGUUGUCCAACCUGCUGUUGUACAUGAUCUUGUGAUGUUUUUUUUUUUCAGUAUCCAAUUAAUCUCCAUCGCACCAGUGAUUAAAUAUAAAUUGUACCUUUA